CUGCCUUUUCUGACAUGCAGGUUCUUUUGCUGACGAACGAGACGAAAAAACAGCUUUCUUCGCCACCACGCGUAUAAGAUGACUGCCGUCCACCAACACGCUCCUGGCUUGGUACCUUUGCAGCACCCUGCUGCUUCGCCUUCAUCGUCUCCUCGUCACAAGCGCAAUGCGCAAUCUCUGGGAACCUCGUCGUCUGCUUCUGCGUUUGGAAGGACAAUGACGCUGAGCUCGGCGGGCUCUGACAUUUCCAUGUUUGCUCCAUCCUUGAACGGGUCUUUGCCGUCCUAUGCAACCACGCAACUGUCGGAAUCCACUGUUCUGACGAGCCCAUUCACCUCUCGCCUCCCUUCCUCGAGCGUGUCCUCGACGUCGACAGUGACGGGCGCCUCUCCUCGUGCAAAACGAGAACAUCAGAGAAUCUCGUCUCUCACAUCUUCGCGUACGCCUUAUUCUCCUGCGUCGGCCUCGGCAUCGUCUGCCCCACCGAAGGCGAUCAUCGGUGGAGUGAGACGAUGGAUGAGCCUCAACCGAGCCGAUGCAACCUCGUUGACCGCACAGGGAUCUACUCCAAGAAAGCGCUCAAGAAGGAUGGCUUCGCUAGGCAAUCCCGACGAUUUUGGCGCCUUGGAUCGAGCAGCGGAUGCUUCUCUAGGCGGUGCCCUAGAGGGCAAAGAGGCUGACGAACAGGACGGGAAGAUUGGGACGUAUGGCGAGACUAUGGCUGCGUCAAUUGCAGAACGCGAAGCCUGGCCAUCCUGGGAAGAGGUGACGACAGCACCUUCGAAUAUUUCCCUGAAGCCAAGCACGAGGACACUGCUCAGGAACCACACGAGACCGAGCGUGUCGACGGACGAGGCGAGGGAGUAUGCGUGGUGGCUAGACCAAUUCAAGGACGUUGUCUUUGAAGGCGGCGGACACUCGAACACGUACUCGACAGAAGAGGUGUCUCAAGGCUUGCUUUCAGAGCCUGGCUUGGCGCUUUCGAACUCUCAAAUGGUUCAACAUGGUGCUGUGACAGGUCCGGGAGUCGCAUCAGCGACGGCCUCUGGCGUCAUGGCGGGACAAAGUCCAGCAGCCGCCGUGACUGCUUCGAAAAGAGCUCCUGCCACUUACAAGCAGAGGCAACAGAUUGCACUGGCCGAUGCCGAGCUCUAUGAAUCGGGCGUGAUGACGGCUUUAGGCUUGAACCAGAGCGAUUUCAUGGAUGUUGGUCAUCUCGACGGUGAUUCGGAAGAAGGCCCCCCAACGGGCGUCGAUCCGGCAUUGGUCGCGUACGUCAAUGGUGCAGCAGGUUCAGCCACCACGCACUUCUCUUCGACAGGCACCGGUCUCUUUGGCGGUGUCAGCGAAGCCAAGAUCAGAGCAUAUACCCAAUGGCUUCUUGGGCCCGUCAAUGCAAGGGCAAGGCCACGAUUGUAGCAAUUCUCGUUGCACAAAUUCUAUACCAUUCUUAGCUCGAGUCUGGUCUCUGCUCAAAAACUAAUGGCUCUUGGCCUUCUUGCCUGAGAUGGACGGGUUGACCUUCCUGAAGGCAAGAUAGUUUGGGAAGCCCAUGAUGACAUGUGGGAAGGUCCACAGGAGCUGAUCCAGAGUCAGCCCACAACAUCUUGGCAAUUGCAACAGAUUGCUGACUCACCCAGGUAAGAAGCGAGGCACCGCGCCUCCAG